CUGGGUGCGGGCUCGCUGCACGCACUUAGCUGGCUAGCUAGCACCGCAAUCUUUGUCUCGGGGCGGAACCAGAGGCUCUCCGGGUUCUCGCGAGAAGCUCGCGGCUGCUGGGUCGUGCGGUGUCCUAGCCCCCGCGGGCCCUUGAGGGGCCGAAGAUGGGGGUGUGCAUGGUGAAACCUCAGCUCCUGUGGCUGGUCUUCGUCCUCCAGCCCUGGAAACCCUGCUUAGGUGCGGACCCGGAGAAGCCCUCCAGCAUCCCCACAGAUAAAUUAUUAGUCAUAACUGUAGCAACAAAAGAAAGUGAUGGAUUCCAUCGGUUUAUGCAGUCAGCCAAAUACUUCAAUUACACUGUGAAGGUCCUUGGUCAAGGAGAGGAGUGGAGAGGUGGUGAUGGAAUUAAUAGCAUUGGAGGGGGCCAAAAAGUGAGAUUAAUGAAGGAAGUUAUGGAACAUUAUGCCAGUCAAGAGGAUCUGGUUGUCUUGUUUACUGAAUGCUUUGAUGUUAUAUUUGCUGGUGGUCCAGAGGAAGUUCUAAGAAAGUUCCAAAAGUCAAAUCACAAAGUGGUCUUUGCAGCAGAUGGAAUUUUGUGGCCAGAUAAAAGACUAGCAGACAAGUAUCCUGUUGUGCACAUUGGGAAACGCUACCUGAAUUCAGGAGGAUUUAUUGGUUAUGCUCCAUAUAUCAACCGUAUAGUUCAACAGUGGAAUCUACAGGAUAAUGAUGAUGAUCAGCUGUUUUAUACUAAAAUUUACAUUGAUCCACUGAAGAGGGAAGCUCUUAACAUCACAUUGGAUCACAAAUGCAAAAUUUUCCAGGCUUUAAAUGGAGCUGUAGAUGAAGUUGUUUUGAAAUUUGAAAAUGGCAAAGCCAGAGCUAAGAAUGUAUUUUAUGAAACAUUACCAGUGGCAAUUAAUGGAAAUGGACCCACCAAGAUUCUCCUGAAUUAUUUCGGGAACUAUGUACCUAAUGCAUGGACACAGGAUAAAGGCUGCACUUUCUGUGAAUUGGAUACAAUUGACUUGUCUACAGUAAAUGUCUACCCAAAUGUAACAAUAGGUGUUUUUAUUGAGCAACCAACCCCUUUUCUACCUCGAUUUCUGGACACAUUACUGACUCUGGAUUACCCAAAAGAAGCACUUAAAGUAUUUAUUCAUAACAAAGAAGUUUAUCAUGAGAAGGACAUCAAGGUAUUUUUUGAUAAAGCUAAACAUGAAAUCAGUACUAUAAAAAUAGUAGGACCGGAAGAAAAUCUAAGUCAAGCCGAAGCCAGAAAUAUGGGAAUGGAUUUUUGCCGCCAGGAUGACAGCUGUGAUUAUUACUUUAGUGUGGAUGCAGAUGUUGUUUUGACAAACCCAAGGACGUUAAAGAUCUUGAUUGAACAAAACAGAAAAAUCAUUGCUCCUCUUGUAACUCGCCAUGGAAAGCUGUGGUCCAACUUCUGGGGAGCACUUAGUCCUGAUGGAUACUAUGCACGAUCUGAAGAUUAUGUGGAUAUUGUUCAAGGGAAUAGAGUAGGGAUAUGGAAUGUCCCAUACAUGGCUAAUGUAUACUUAAUUAAAGGAAAGACUCUUCGAGCAGAAAUGAAUGAAAGGAACUAUUUUGUUCGUGAUAGACUGGAUCCUGACAUGGCUCUUUGCCGAAAUGCUAGAGAAAUGACUUUACAAAGGGAAAAAGACUCCCCUACUCCGGAAACAUUCCAAAUGCUCAGCCCCCCAAAGGGUGUAUUUAUGUACAUUUCUAAUAGACAUGAAUUUGGAAGACUAUUAUCAACUGCUAAUUACAAUACUUCCCAUUAUAACAAUGACCUUUGGCAGAUUUUUGAAAAUCCUGUGGACUGGAAGGAAAAGUAUAUAAACCGUGAUUAUUCAAAGAUUUUCACUGAAAAUAUAGUUGAACAGCCUUGUCCAGAUGUCUUUUGGUUUCCAAUAUUUUCUGAAAAAGCCUGUGAUGAGUUGGUGGAAGAAAUGGAACAUUAUGGCCAGUGGUCUGGAGGGAAGCAUCACGAUAGCCGUAUAUCUGGUGGUUAUGAAAAUGUCCCAACUGAUGAUAUCCACAUGAAACAAAUUGAUCUGGAGAAUGUAUGGCUUCAUUUUAUCCGGGAGUUUAUUGCACCAGUUACACUGAAAGUCUUUGCAGGCUAUUAUACGAAGGGGUUUGCAUUAUUGAAUUUUGUGGUAAAAUACUCCCCAGAUAGACAGCGUUCUCUUCGUCCUCAUCAUGAUGCUUCUACGUUUACCAUCAACAUUGCACUCAAUAACGUGGGAGAAGAUUUUCAGGGAGGUGGAUGCAAAUUUCUAAGGUACAAUUGCUCUAUUGAAUCACCCAGAAAGGGAUGGAGCUUCAUGCAUCCAGGGAGACUCACGCAUCUACAUGAAGGACUUCCUGUUAAAAACGGAACGAGAUACAUCGCAGUGUCAUUUAUCGACCCCUAAGUUAUUCACUCCCAUUUGAAUGAAUCAUUGUUUCUUUUGGAACUGAUAACUGGCAUGAACAUGUCUGAAGUUGUGCUUGAGAAGAUGAGAAGAAUAUUUAAGUAACUUCAACAGAACAACUUCUCUUUGGGCCAAACAUUUGAAAAACUUUAUAAAUUUUUUUUGGAUAUAUCCUAAUGUCUGCUCUGAGCCUUAAAACACAGAUUGAAGAAGAAAGAAAAAGUUAAAGUGGAUAUUUAUUUCUUUGCGUUAUCGUGUCUGAGAAUAGUGACAAUUUCCUGAAUUUUUGUUUAAGCUGAUAAAAUAUUCAGGUACAAAUGUACAAGUGACAAAUGAGACUAAUGAUAUUUUCAUAUUUAACAAAGCCUGGGAGGAAUUUUAUUUAUCAACAUUUAGAUAAAAUGAAAAUUGGCAAUUUUUGAAAUGUUGGAAAACUGGAAUUCUGACUGAAUUUGUGUGCAAUUAAUGUGUAAGUACUUUUUUGACCUCCUUUGUAGGUAUGUUUUACGGUAGUUCCUGAUGGAAUACGAAGAACAGUGUUAUACAAUGUUUUUCCUUAAGAACUUAGUGCAAAAUACAAUGACUUGCAUAUCCAGUUGAAAACAUUUUUGUUUAGAUUGUUAAGACAGAUUUUUUUACAUCUGUAUUAGAAAUAAAGCCCUAUGUUCAUUCCUUCAGAUGAAUUUUCCAAGGUAGAUUAUAUUAAGUGGAUAUUAGAUUUAGAAAAGCUUUCAAACCUUUCCAUUCCUUAAGUAUCAUUAAGUGUCCUUAAGUCAAAGAAGGUGUUUGUUUUUAAUUCUAGAAAGUUAUAAGGAUUAAUUUUUCUUUGAGAUGAGUAGCAGCAUUUUAUGAUUAAAAUUUUUUUUUUAAGUACUUGAAUUUUAUAUCAGGAAAAUAAGUUGGUGAGCCUCUCUUCCCUUUUUCCCUUUGCCUCACUCCUGAUUCUCUUCUUUAGGGAGGGUUAUUCACUUUUUUUUGGUCUUCCCAGUUAGUCUCCAUUUUAUCCUUCUUGCUCUUUGUAUUAGCUUUUUUAAAUCCCACUUUGAAAUAAUUUCCCUAUACAAAAAAAUUUGUGCCUUGAUUUUCACCAUUUCUCUCAGUGAGGUUUAAAUAUCUUUA